ACAAUGCAAUAUAUCAUGUAGGCAUCUUCAGUCAGGUAUGUGUGCGAUUGUAAUUCCUUAGACAGUACCAUAUGGUUUAAUUUGCAUAAUACGUUAGAAUCUCAUAAAUGUUUGUAACUAUACCCAGUAUUUUUGACUCAGUGGCUGACAUAUGGAAAUGAAAUGAAGUGAUGCGACUAGCCGUUAUUGUGUGCGUGGCUUCUAGCUAAUUACGAUAUACACAUUUUAGUUUUCUGAUGGCCAGUCCCUGCUGAUAUUGCUUGUUAAAGCAGAAACAUUGAUGAUAUCAGUCAAUAUCUGUGAGAGCUGUUCGGACUACAUGCUGCUAACCCUGUGAUUGGCACGAAAACUUGUUUUAAUGGCGCUCAGAGCGGACCAAAGCUCGGUUUAUGUUGAAGUUUGCCGGUGAUUACACACGUCUGUCCCCGUGACAGUUCCUCUGUUUAUCUUGAGCCGUAAGCAUAAGUGAUACACUUGGGAAGAAUACUUUCUGCAGAUUAUCUGAAUAUGAUUUAUCUCUCGUUAUCGAUUGCUCUUCGUUCACUUUACUUGUAAUAUUUUUAAGAAUAUAUUGUUGGCAUGCCAGCAUUGUUCUAUGAAAUUGAUGCAUGGAUUUUCUUGGUAUUUAUUUGCACGUCUGUAACUUGAGGGUAGCAAAUCAGCAUUUGAUGUCUUACUCCGGUACUGGAUUAAUAAUAUAUAAGUAAUCAAAUGUGUUUAUCGCACGAAGGUAACAAAAUACAACAAAAUGGAACAAUUGUUUAUGUUAUGCUCAAAACUGAAUACCUUAAUAAUCGCAACAAUAUGUGUGAUGUUCUUCGUUACUCUAACUGGGGCUGAACUUAGUUUUAUUAUACAGCCAAAUGAUCAGGACGUGAAGGAAGGUGAGCAGGCAUUGUUCGUCUGCACUGUGAACUCUCUAUCUAGACUGCAAAAAGUGGCUUGGAAGCAAAAUAAUAAAAUUAUUACUAUCGGGGACGAAAGCAAGGUCCCCGAGCAAUUUUCCAUCCGUGUAGACGUAAACAUUCACCAAUACACUCUGGUUAUUAGCAAAACCAAGAGAACUCACGAUAAUUCUGAAAUUCAGUGUUGUAUAAGAGAGGGUGAAAACGACAGGAAAUGCUCGGACACUGCGAGGCUUAACAUAAACCAAGUCCCAGGUAAAGAGUUCCCGGAAUGUUCACCUAAAACUGAGAUUUACCGGAGUCCGGAUCCGGUUACUUUGACCUGUAUCACUGAACUGACUGAUCCAAAAGUGAAUCUAGAGUGGUGGGUUGCCCGUAAGAUGGUAAGUAGUCGACCUGCGCGAGAGGAACAUAACCAGUUAGUCCUUCGAUACACAUUCGAUGCGAAACCCGAAGACGAUGGAAAGUUUGUGAGGUGCCGUAUGUAUUCCACAGUAUUAGCCAUCGAACGCAACUGUACAAUUGGACCUUUGAAUGUGCAAUUUGCACCGAAUGUUACCAUUCAGGCACCGACAGAAAUCUCUGUAGGAAGGGAAGCUGUGUUUAUCUGCUCUGGUAUAGCAAAGCCGCGGGCCAGAAAAUACGAUUGGAAGCUUGACGGUAAUCCAUCUCCAGAUGAAUAUCGAAUUGAAAGCUCGGGUUUUGUGCUUCGAAUAUUUAAGCCAGAGAAAUUCAACAAAACUUCAAUUCAGUGCUCCGUGUCUAAUUCAGAGGGUACCCGUUCAGCCAAAUUUGUGAUCAACGUAAAACCACGAAAACAAACAUCCUAUUUUCCCAGCCAAAAUCUGACCAGGAGGGUUGUUUCACCCGAUGCUAUGUCUCAAUCUUCAAAUCCUGACGAAAUGACAAUUGCUAUGAUUCUGGCAAUAACAGGCAGUUGCUCGUUUGUGAUUGUUCUUCUAAUGUUGAUACCAUUAUGUAUGGUCCGUCUAUUUUCACAAAAAGUUACCAUGGAUGCUUCCGGAAGAAUCAUUGCCCAGCCUGAUGUAUAUUUUGAACCAAAAGAUACGAUUUUGACCAAUGAACCCUCCCUACACGAUACUGUAACUUGGCGGCGUAAUGUUGGCAUCCAAGUACCAGUUGACCUGGAAUGUGGCUCCGAAUCUAUGUACGCCGAAGUUGAGACAGAAAUAUACACUAAAAACUUAAGCAAUGGUUCGAUUUAUGUUGCUAAAUCAACGCAUGUAUGAAUCGCAACGGACUCACAGACAUUAUCUAUCAAACACAUUACUUUCUUAUACCGGUGUCUCAUAGAUUUCGGCCUAAUAUCCUAAACGAGAGCCAAUCAUUAGUAGUAUUGGCCCGGGGAUAAAUUCGUGGAAAACAAAUUUGCUACAGAUUAAGCCCUUGAAGGGUCGAAUUUACAGGAGCUGAAAUCUCUGUGACACCACCGCCGUUACCGUUAGUGAUUAUUGCUUUACUAUUUGGCCUAUAAUUGUCAUUGUUUGUGACUGUCAAUAUACAUAUACAUGUAAAAGUCAAAAUAGUAAUAGGUCUAUUUUUAAUUUCUACGCUCGAUUGGAGAAGCGUCUUUGUAAUGUUUAUAUGCUUGUUUUUUAAUUCACCAUGUCAUGUGAUAUAGCUUUUUAUAAUCCAGAUUUAACAUUUCACGUAGGCAUAGACUUAUAUUAAGAAAUAGAAAAUACGCCAAAAAUUAAACGAUGCUUUUAACAAUAGUAAAUAUUUCUUAGUAAAAUCGGGAUUUCUGUACAAAAACCAUGCCGAUAAACAGAUUUAAUAAAUGUAUAUAUUUAAUGAAUCACA